UUGCUGUCGGAGAGUUUGAAAGAUGCUAGAAAAAGCGAGCGGCAAAUCACUGUUUGUUGGAUAGACUUGGAGAACGCGUUCGGGUCGAUACAACACGAAUUGAUGCUAUUCGCGCUUAGAUGGUACAACUUUCCACCCCUAGUUAGAGAUAUGAUCGCGUCGUAUUACUCAAAAUUAAGGUUUUCUAUAAUAACUAAAGAAGGCCCUUCAAAAAGCUUGAGUUAUAAUGUAGGACUGUUUCAAGUGGAUAAAUUCUGUGAGUGGACGGAUGGAUUGAGGACAAAACCCAGUAAAUGUCAUUGUCUGUGUCUUGGUAGGCGGAAUACAAGAUACACCUCAUACGAUCCGGGACUAUCGUUAGGCGGUCAAUGCAUUUCUACGGUUACGGAAAAUGCACCAUUUAAAUUUCUCGGUCGUAAGAUUGAUAAUAUAGGCCGUACUCCAUCUUUAGAAGGAAUAGUAGAUAGCUUUUUGAACGAUCUUAACAAGUUAGAUGCAGGCGUCAUAAAGAUGUUAAAGUUGUGGCUCGGGCUCGCUCUAACGGCUGAUUCAUCGGUGUUAUUUAGGGGAAGCAAUAGUUUUGGGAUGAGUCUAAAAAGGCCAUCGGAGCUCUAUAAACACCUAAGAGUUUCCAAGAGAUAUAUCCUGGGGAAAUCCCAUGAUGACAUAGUGACAUCGCUCCCAAAAGAUGAAGAUGCCCCCGAAAUGAUAAAUAUAAGAUCCAUGCAAUGA